AGUGCAACUGGAAAUAGCAUCCUGGGCAAGAACGUCUUUGAGUCAAAGCUCAGUUCCGGGCCAUUGACUGAAAGAUGCCAUCUAGAGAGGAGGGAAUGGCAGGGAAGGACACUUGUUGUUAUUGACACCCCAGAUAUCUUUUCCCCUAAUGUCCAGACAAAAAACACAUUUCUGGAGAUCUCUCGUUGUUUGGCCCUCUCGUCCCCAGGGCCUCAUGCCCUGCUCCUGGUGAUCCAGCUGGGCCAUUACACCAAUGAAGACAAGAAGGUCUUAAGGCGUAUUCAGGAAAUAUUUGGAGUGAAGAUCCUCUCUCACACCAUCCUUGUCUUCACCAGGAAAGAAGACUUAGGGGAUGGGACCCUGAAGGACUAUUUAAAAGGAACAGAGAACAAAAGCUUGAGCUGGUUGGAUACGGUGUGUGAAGGAUUUCAUUGUGGUUUCAACAACAAAGCUGAAAGUGAGGACCAGAAGAACCAACUAGAGGAACUGAUGCACAUGGUAGAUGGGAUGCUCUGGAAAAAUGAAUACCAAUAUUACUCAAAUGAGGUGUACGACUACAUCCAGCAAAAUAUUCAGCAGUUAAAAGAGGAACUGGGAGAACAGUCAAUAGGCCUGGGACAGGUUUCUAAGGGAGUUUUCUGUAAGGAGAAUAUGCCAUCAAAGAAGGAAUCAGUUCAAAACUGCUCUGUCCUAGAACGUCUGAUGACCAUUCAGAGGAAAUAUAAGCAGCAACAAGAAUUCAUGCUGAAUAAGGAGUCACAGACUCCUUGGGUGGAAGACAACACAUCUUGGGGUUCUUUCUUCUGCUUUUACCAUGGCAUGUUUUCCUGUAGAUUUUUUCCCCCUCAUCCCCCAUCCCUUAUGAAACAAACCCAGUCAACUGAACCCAGGCACUCAGGAAAGAACCCAGAGCUGGAGUCUGAAAGACCCCAAUGCCAAACCUAGCUCUGCCACUGACUAGUUCUAGGGCUUGAACAAAUCACUUGAUCUGAUCCAACUCUCUCUUUUGGCAGGUGAGAAAACAAGUUUGGAAAAGUGAUCUCUGUGGUCCCUUCCAGUUCUAGUCUUCCAUGAUGUCAGGCCAUUGGGAAUAGUCUCCAGGAGAUUGUGAUCCCUAUCGAUCUAACCUUGUUGGGGGAAAAAUACAAAUAAUAUAUGUUCCUUUAUAUCGUGAUCAUUAGAAUCCC